CGGCUGCCGGCCCAUGGGCGGCGGCGGCGGCUCGGAGGCGCCUCCUCCUGCCGCAGACCCGCGCGGAGGGACCGGCUACAGAAGCAGCAGCAGCAGCGCCGCCGCCUCGGCUCCGCCGCGCCGGCCGCAUGGCGGGCUACGCGCCGCGCCUGCCCUGGCUGCUGCCGCUGCUGCGGCGGGCGGCGCCGCCCCCCUGGGCUCGGGCCGGCGGUGGGGCCGCCGGCCUCCGCACCCCGCCGCGCCCGGCCGGCAGGUGCGGGCCGCCCCCUCCGCCGCCGCUGCGGCCGCCGGGCGCGCCGUCCUGCCACCGCCUCCUUCUCCCGCCAGCGGCGGCGAGCAGCGCCCCGCGCUCCCUGAGCGCCGCUGCGGGCGCGGAGCCGCCGGCGCCGCCGCGGGGGCCUGCGGGCGCCCCGCCGCGCUCCCAGGCUCGGAGGCUGCUGGCGCUGGCGCACCCCGAGCGCUGGAGACUGACAGCUGCUGUUGGUUUUCUGACAGUUUCCAGUGUCAUUACCAUGUCAGCCCCUUUCUUUCUGGGGAAAGUUAUUGACAUUAUUUAUACAAAUCCUGGUGAAGACUUCACUGACAGCCUGACCAGCCUGUGUGCCUUGCUGAGUGGAAUCUUUUUAUGUGGUGCUGCUGCUAAUGCUACUCGUGUCUACCUCAUGCAGACUGCAGGACAAAGAAUUGUGAAACGUUUGAGAACAACCAUGUUCUCCUCUGUUCUGAAGCAAGAAACUGCUUUCUUUGACAAGACCAGAACAGGAGAGCUGAUAAACCGCUUAUCUUCAGAUACAGCCCUCUUGGGCCGUUCCGUGACUGAAAACCUCUCAGAUGGGCUCAGGGCAGGAGCACAAGCGUCUGUGGGGGUCGGAAUGAUGUUUUUUGUGUCUCCUAGCCUUGCUGCAUUUGUUCUGAGUGUUGUGCCACCCUUGGCUGUUGUGGCUGUGAUUUAUGGAAGAUACUUGCGAAAACUUACUAAAAUGACCCAAGAUUCUCUUGCAGAAGCAACACAGUUAGCUGAAGAGCGUAUUGGAAACAUAAGAACAGUUCGAGCUUUUGGGCAAGAAGUGGCUGAAAUGGAGAAGUACACAAAUAAAGUUGAUUAUGUGCUACAGCUGGCUAAAAAAGAGGCACUAGCUCGGGCAGGCUUCUUUGGAGCAACUGGCCUUUCUGGAAACUUAAUUGUCCUCUCAGUCUUAUACAAAGGAGGAUUACUAAUGGGCAGUGCCUACAUGACAGUUGGUGAACUCUCAUCUUUCCUGAUGUAUGCUUUCUGGGUUGGAAUAAGUAUUGGAGGUUUAAGUUCCUUUUAUUCCGAACUAAUGAAAGGACUAGGUGCUGGUGGACGUCUAUGGGAACUUAUGGAAAGGAAGCCCCAACUGCCAUUUAAUGAGGGAAUCACAUUAAGCAAAGAUACAUUCAGAGGUGCUUUGGAGUUCAAGGAUGUUGAGUUUGCGUAUCCAACACGUCCAGAAAUAUCAAUUUUCAAAGAUUUUAGCCUUUCCAUUCCAGCUGGCUCUAUUAUGGCUCUGGUUGGCCCAAGCGGUACGGGGAAAUCAACUAUUGUAUCCCUUCUGCUGAGGCUGUAUGAUCCUAUCUCAGGUACUAUCACUGUUGAUGGCUUCGAUAUCCGUCAGUUAAAUCCACUGUGGUUCAGGACAAAGAUUGGAACAGUAAGUCAGGAACCAAUUCUGUUCUCCUGUUCUAUUGCUGAAAAUAUUGCCUAUGGUGCAGAGGAUCCUUCUACUGUGACUGCAGAGGAGAUUCAGAAAGUUGCCGAAAUAGCUAAUGCUGCUGGUUUCAUCAGAGAUUUUCCAAAAGGGUUUGACACUGUAGUUGGAGAAAAAGGCAUUCUGCUUUCAGGUGGACAGAAGCAACGAAUUGCAAUUGCUCGAGCUCUGCUCAAGAAUCCUAAAAUUCUACUGUUAGAUGAAGCAACAAGUGCUUUGGAUGCUGAAAAUGAAUAUCUAGUGCAAGAAGCUCUGGACCGGUUGAUGGAGGGGAGGACAGUCCUAAUUAUUGCUCAUCGUCUGUCUACUAUUCAGAAUGCUGAUUUUGUUGCAGUCCUUGGUCAGGGUAAAAUUCUCGAAUGUGGAAAACAUGAGGACCUACUUGCAAAUCCAAAUGGACUUUUCAGAAAACUAAUGCAGAAACAAGCUUUUCUUCAAAAUAGUGAUACUUUUGCAUUAGAUUUACAAUCCAGAGAAGAGGAUGUAUUAAAAGGAAAUGUAUGAGAGGAUGUAUGAGUAACAGAGGUUACAAAGAAUAUAACUUAUGUUUCAGUUAUGUAAAGUAAAUGUUAUAUUUUUCCAAAAUGUACAAAAUAUUCUUUUGACACUUAAAUGUGUUUAAACUUUUUAUUGAAAGCUUUUUAAUAAUUAUUGCAACUUUUUAAAAUGUCUAUCACAUUGAGAUCAUUUUAGUGUAUAGAUUUUUCUGCUUUGUGUUAUGUUGAGACUAUUUAGAAUCUUGUUUGCUGUAAGGCACUGUCUGAUGAUGUGCUGCAUUCUCAAGUAAGUCCAGUAUUUUAAGACUAAUUAAAUGACAAUCUUAUCAUUUUCA